CAUUUCGAACAGAGAAGUAACCGAUCAUCUAUAAGUGUUUCAUCUCUAAAGCUUGCUCUUUCACCCGUCUUACAGAAGGUCGUCCGAGAGUAGGCCCGCGACAAGCUCCCGCCCAAGCCCAAGACCCCUGGAGCGCUUCCGGGCCUUGGCGAAGAGGUCUGAAACCUUCGGCCAGCCACGAAGGAGGGACUGCUGCGCAUGCGCGCCCCAACGCAACCUCUCCGGAGCUAGCCGUCUCGCUACGUCACCACCAGCCUCGCAAACUGCAACCGGCGGGAGUUUUUCAAAAUGGGAGCGCAGAGGCACCGCCCAGGCCUUGGACGGUGUCGGGGAGAACUUUCCGUGGCUUUAGCGUCGUCGCCUGGAGCGGCGGCCUAGAGAACCGAGCCUGAUGGGAGCCAAGACCGGCUGGCUGCUUGGAGCGUUGCCUCGAAGGGACUGCGUGAAGGAAGCUAAUCCGGAGAACCCAGGCCGGGGCCUGGAAAUAUGGCGACCUGCAUCGGGGAGAAGAUCGAGGAUUUUAAAGUUGGAAAUCUCCUUGGUAAAGGAUCAUUUGCUGGUGUCUACAGAGCUGAGUCCAUUCACACUGGUUUGGAAGUUGCAAUCAAAAUGAUAGAUAAGAAAGCCAUGUACAAAGCAGGAAUGGUACAGAGAGUCCAAAAUGAGGUGAAAAUACAUUGCCAAUUGAAACAUCCUUCUAUCUUGGAGCUUUAUAACUAUUUUGAAGAUAGCAAUUAUGUGUAUCUGGUAUUAGAAAUGUGCCAUAAUGGAGAAAUGAACAGGUAUCUAAAGAACAGAGUGAAACCCUUCUCAGAAAAUGAAGCUCGACACUUCAUGCACCAGAUCAUCACAGGGAUGUUGUAUCUUCAUUCUCAUGGUAUACUACACCGGGACCUCACACUUUCUAACCUCUUACUUACUCGUAAUAUGAACAUAAAGAUUGCUGAUUUUGGGCUGGCAACUCAGUUGAAAAUGCCACAUGAAAAGCACUAUACAUUAUGUGGAACUCCUAACUACAUUUCACCAGAAAUUGCAACUCGAAGUGCACAUGGCCUUGAAUCUGAUGUUUGGUCCCUGGGCUGUAUGUUUUAUACAUUACUUAUCGGGAGGCCACCCUUUGACACUGACACAGUCAAGAACACAUUAAAUAAAGUAGUAUUGGCAGAUUAUGAAAUGCCAACUUUUUUGUCAAUAGAGGCCAAGGACCUUAUUCACCAAUUACUUCGUAGAAAUCCAGCAGAUCGUUUAAGUCUGUCUUCAGUAUUGGACCAUCCUUUUAUGUCCCGAAAUUCUUCAACAAAAACUAAAGAUUUAGGAACUGUGGAAGACUCAAUCGAUAGUGGGCAUGCCACAAUUUCUACUGCAAUUACAGCUUCUUCCAGUACCAGUAUAAGUGGUAGUUUAUUUGACAAAAGAAGACUUUUGAUUGGUCAGCCCCUCCCAAAUAAAAUGACUGUAUUUCCAAAGAAUAAAAGUUCAAGUGAUUUUUCUUCUUCAGGAAAUGGAAGCAGUUUUUCUACUCAGUGGGGAAAUCAAGAAAACAGUAAUAGUGGAAGGGGAAGAGUAUUUCAAAAUGCAGAAGAAAGACCACAUUCUCGAUACCUUCGUAGAGCUCAUUCCUCUGAUAGAUCUGGCACUUCUAAUGGUCAAUCUCGAGCAAAAACAUAUACAAUGGAACGAUGUCACUCAGCAGAAAUGCUUUCAAAGUCCAAAAGAUCAGGAGGAGGUGAAAAUGAAGAGAGAUACUCGCCCACAAACAACAAUGCCAACAUCUUUAACUUCUUUAAAGAGAAGACAUCCAACAGUUCUGGAUCUUUUGAAAAACCUGAUAACAAUCAAGCACUCUCCAGUCAUCUUUGCCCAGGAAAAACUCCUCUUCCAUUUGCAGACCUGACACCUCAGACUGAAACAGUACAACAGUGGUUUGGGAAUCUGCAAAUAAAUGCUCACUUAAGAAAAACUACUGAAUAUGACAGCAUCAGCUCAAACCAGGAUUUCCAGGACCAUCCAGAUUUGCAGAAGGACACAUCAAAAAAUGCCUGGACUGAUAUAAAAGUCAAAAAGAGCUCUGAUGCUUCUGAUAAUGCACAUUCUGUAAAUCAGCCAAAUACCAUGAAAUACAUGAUGGCACUUCACAGUAAACUUGGGUUAAUCCAACAAGAAUGUGUUUUUGCCUUAGAUCCUCUUUCUGAACAGAGCAAGACUAGGGAUAUGGAGCCACCAUUGGGUUAUCAGAAUCGUACAUUAAGAAGAAAACCUAGUAGUACUAGUUCACCUAAGGCCUUAUCACCUCCUCCUUCUGUGGAUUCAAAUUACCCAUCGAGAGAUGGAGCAUCUUUCAAUAGAAUGGCCAUGAAUAGUGCUGCUUCUCCAUCGCAGGCACCAAUGCUUAAUCCCUCUAUGAUUACAAAUGAAGGACUUGCUCUUAUAGCUACAGCUUCUGGAACAGACAUCUCUUCUAAUAGUCUAAAAGAUUGUCUACCUAAAUCAGCACAACUUUUGAAAUCUGUUUUUGUGAAAAAUGUUGGUUGGGCUACACAGUUAACUAGCGGAGCUGUGUGGGUUCAGUUUAAUGAUGGGUCCCAGUUGGUUGUGCAGGCAGGAGUGUCUUCUAUCAGUUAUACCUCACCAAAUGGUCAAACAACUAGGUAUGGAGAAAAUGAAAAAUUACCAGAAUACAUCAAACAGAAAUUACAGUGUUUGUCUUCCAUCCUUUUGAUGUUUUCUAAUUCAACUCCUAAUUUUCAUUGAUCAAAACUCCUUUCAGACAUAUAAGUUUAAUAAAUAACUUUUUUGUUGGCUUUCAAGUAAAGUGAUUUUUUUAAAUUUAACUUCUUCAGAAAGCCUUUCUAUGAAAUAAUUUUAACCUAUACUGUAAAGGAUGUAUUCUGAGAGAACAAAGCAGAAUGAAACUUGAGUCACUUACUAAAUAGAGUGGAUAUAAAAUAGUAUACCUGACUUUGCUCUUAGAUCAUAACCCCCAAACUUAUUAUGUUCAUGUAUUUGUAUUCAACAAUCUUUUAAAAGCAAAAAUAUAAAUGAUAUGUGGUAUAUUUCUGCUUUUAUUGUUUUCCCUAUGUCUCAGACAUGUUGAGAAUCAUGGACAAAACCUGCUGAAAUUUGGGAAUUUUUGAACAUGUAAAUAAUGUGUAUUUAUGUUAUAAGUAACAUAUGUAAACAUGUAUAUUUGUUUUAUAUUUAUUUUUGUAGCACCCGUGUCUGACGAAACAUUUUUGCAAAUGCAUUUUAUAAAAAAAAUAAAUACAGUGAUAAGUUACAUUAUCUUUUGAUUCAUUUAAUUAAAUACUUAUUUUAAAAUAACUACUUAACUCACUUUUAAAUUUGUUGCCUGUUUAGGAGGAGUCAAUUAAAUUUUAAAUAAUAAUUUUGCAAAUGUUAAA